AUGCGUCGCAAUGACGUUGCUAUGAACGUCGUAGUCAUUCUUGAGGCGCCUGAAAUCCUGAUUGCGUUUGAUCCCCGUGCCGCCAAUGAUCUGUUCCGAGUGCUGCUGAAAUGCGACGAAACAAGGAGCAUGAGCGGACGCAUCGUAGGUAGGCAUGCGCUUAUGAUUCCAGUAGCAACUUCCACGACACACCAAGUGCACGCUGUUGCUAAAGUUCCCGUUGUGUCGGCCAUGUCAAAUUGCAUGAUUGUCGUAAAGCGAUAUAUGCUAGCGAAGAGAACACUGCGAACCACAGUCAGUAACAAGUACAUCCAGAUCAAAAAGGAAAGUACUGACAAUGCUCCGAGCAAGAACAUGAAGAUCAGCGAUGCGCGUUGGGCGUUUGACACUUGGAGUUUCAACACCUGA